CACUUCACCACCGGAGAGUAUAUAAUUCAGAGGUCUACAUUCUGUUAAACAUCUAAAAUGAAAGUUUACUGAAGUUGUCCUAAAAUUAGUAGUUUCAUCGUACCCAGACCCACCGGCUCCCUUACAAAAGUAACCAGUCUGAACAUAAAGUUUUCAAAACUAACCAGCCUACGUUCAACUUUUCAAAACUAAUCAGCCUAAUUCAUUAAUACUCGGGCGACCCGAGCUGAAAUCUUGCCACAGUAUGGGUAGCCAUCACCAGGGGCGACCCCCUCUGUUUUUUUUCGCGUGCAGGUCGCCACGCCCAGGGGCGACCCCUGCGUGGUACCUGUGACGUGGUCGACCCUAUCACAGACGACCACGUGUGCAGCUCAGCUCCUUUAAAAUCACAGCAACGCACACAAAACCCACACAAAACACACACAAAAACACAGAAAAACACACCCGACGGAAGGAAAAAAAGGAGGAGAAAAAGAGAAAAGAAAAGAGAAAAGAGGGAGAAGAAGAGGAGGUGAUCCGAGCAUCCAAAUCAAUUUUGUACCCUCAAAUCAAAACCCAAAUCUUGUUUAAGAGAUAGAUCCUGCAGCUUAUCAUCCCGGCCCGGUCAACGGCAAUUUGUUGACAUUGCAGGACUCGCAUAGGUCCACUUUUGCGUGGAACACUAGUACGGCACUUCCUGAUCUUAGAGUCAGGACGAACUUCGGUGAGUACUGGAAUGUAGUUGCUGAAACCAGGCCGCCUCAGGCGAUAAUGGAUGCUAUUAAUGACGCGGGUUUUGAGUGGGUGUUCAAGUUGGGGCAGGUCAAGCAUUACAGGGGCUUGAUCACAUCUUUUAUCGAGAGGUGGCGUCCAGAGACGCACACUUUCCACCUCCCUUUCGGGGAGGCCACCAUCACACUGGAGGAUGUUCAUCACAUUCUCGGUUUACGGACCACUGGUCGACCAUUUAUUCUACAUGGCUUCACCACCACAGCUCGCAAGAGGAAGGACAUGGUACGCGAUCUUUUUGGACUGACUCCCGAGCAGGGUGAUGUGAGGAAAAAGUGCUUGAGGAUCGGUUGGUUGGUCAGUAACUUUGGCAACUGUGCCCGGUUGGACUCAUCUGCGGAGGAUUUUCAUGCGCAGACUAUCUUUCACAUCAGGGAACACCUACUGUGUGUUAUUGGAUCGUUGUUUCCUGAUGGCAGCGGGAACUAUGUGAAUCUCAACCUCCUUUGGAUUCUACGUGACUUGCAGAGCGUGGAUGGUUAUAGCUGGGGGAGUGCUGUUCUUGCAUACCUUUAUAGGAAGAUGUGCGAUUCCACCCAUAAAGUCGCAGCCGGCUUCAUUGGCUACGCCACGUUAGUGCAGGUGUGGAUAUACGAGCGGUUCCCUACAUUAGCUCCCCGACACACGGCCACACCCCUGAUCACCUACCCACUUGCGCUAAGGUGGACAGGGCCGUUUACCCGUACUGAGGUGCCGCACGGUCAGUGUCGUAUCACCCGGUACGAGCUGGAUAACAUGAUUGAGGCAAAUUUUCGGUGGAGGCCGUACGCAGAUUUAGAUGACGAGCAUCAGCCUGAGUAUGGAUUGUACCUGCGUUGGACUGCUCCUACGCCUUUGAUGUACAUGACCUAUGUCGAGUGGUGUUAUACUGAUAGGGUGACGAGGCAGUUCGGGUUCGUGCAGGACAUACCCACAUCCUCUCCACGUGCGAAUCAUAGUGACCUGCACGACACUGUCAACGAGUCCAUUAACUAGGAGGCGCCAGGGAGUCUUACACUCGUCUAUGGGAUAGGUCCAUUGACCGAGCUCUUACAUCUCCCCCACUCAUGCUUGGCGAGGGUUGCACUGCCGCAUACAUGCCUUGGUUUCUUGCAGUGACACGUAGAUACAUGGUAAACCCCGCCUUUUGGAGGACUGCAGAGGCUUUCCAGGGCACACAGGGCGCCACACAGGCACUGGAGGAUCAGCUUCUAGAUAUGGAGAGUGCCAUUGACCCUGCUACCCUGGAUGUUGGUCGGGCACAGAGGAUUCUACAGGGGUUGUUAGGACGUUUUAGGGGUCCAGGAAACCCUCCCAGACACAGAGGACGGCCACCAGUUACACCAGUUGAGCCGGAGCCAGGCACGUACUACACUCAUGUGGGCAGUAGUAGCUCAGAUAGGGGAGGCUGGUCACACCUGGUUGGCACUUCUUCUUCGCCGGUUGGGGAUGUAGAGGGUACUUCUAGGGCGGAUGGAUGGGACUCCUGGCCCAAGUCGACGGUCCCGCCAUCUACAUAUGCAGGGGAUGACUACUCGGGUGGUCCACGUGGCUUUACGGUCAGAUUAGAGGAUGACUAGGACAUGUCUGCUGAGGAUCAGUCGCAGGAGUCAUACCAGUUCCAGGAUGCAGAUGCUUAUCGUCCUGACAUGUCUUUCCUGAGGGAUCAGUACACCACACCUCCGCCACAGGCUCUGGUGCCGUCAUUUGCUAGCCAAUCCUACAUCUUCGGGGCACCCGCGUUUCCAUUCGCACCGCCACCAGUGAGGUCCACUCCUACUCCUAUACAGAUGUCCACUUUUGCUUCGUACACUGGUGAGAGUAGUCCAUGGGCGCCCCCCCAGCACAGCAGUAGCAGGGCAGUCCGAGGCCGAGGAGCAACCUGAGGAUGAGCAUCGACAGCAACCACCUAGAGCAGCAAAGGGAAAGGGUUGAAGAUGUCACACUGGAAGCCACAUCUUCGGGCAUAAGAAGAAGUAGGCUUUUCCUCGUAUGUAGUUUGUUUAUGGUUAUGUACCUGACCAUGUACUCAUACGUUUUUAUUUCUUGAUCUGAUUAUGUACUCUCAGUGUAGUAGAUCGGUUGUUACGUUAUUAUGCAGUACUUGUGCUAAGCUUCUUUCUUAUCUCAUAA